UUUCUUUCUCACUACUAUUCUAGCCUGCCCUACAACCAAGAGGCUAGGUUACUGAGGACCUCCUUAACCGGCUCCAUCCUAGACUCAACCAGAACAACGUGCGGAGUUUUUCCCCCCCCCCCCUUGUUGCUAUGGUGACGGGGAACGCUUCUGCAGUGCAGGCCCGGCUACGCCUCCUUGAACCCGUGCGCAGGAAGUAAGCCGUCUGAUGUGAACGGAUUGGACGCUGCAGCGCUUAUUCGGCUGCAGCGCUACUGGCGGGAGCAGCUGUCACGGGAUCUGGCGGCGGGCCUGAAGCAGGAAGCGACGAAAUGGCGGCUGACUUGGUGAUCGGCUGGAGCAUUUUCGCGGUGGUGCUUCUGGCUAUUUUGGCUUUUUGUUGGGUUUACAUCCGCAAAUACCAGAGUUGUCAGGAAAGUGAAGCAGUGUCUACUAUCACGGCAAUAUUUUCCCUGGCUGUGGCUCUGAUCACUUCUGCACUGCUACCUGUGGACAUUUUUCUUGUGUCUUUUAUGAAGAAUGAAAAUGGCACAUUUAAGGGCUGGGCAGAGGAUAAUGCCACACGGGCACAGAUUGAAGACACCAUUUUAAUUGGAUAUUACACUUUUUAUUCCAUUAUCCUGUUCUGCGUAUUUUUGUGGAUACCAUUUGUGUAUUUUUACUAUGAAGAAAAGGAUGACGACACGACCCGCUGUUCACAAAUAAAGACUGCCCUUAAAUACACAUUCGUGUUCAUGAUAGUGUGUUCCUUUCUUCUUCUUGUUGGUGCAUUCGCACCACUGGAUAUUCCGACAGGCAAAAACAUCUCUGAGUUUGAUAAGAUCAAGGUUCUAUUUGAAGAACUCGGUAGCAGUUAUGGUUUGGAUGCCUUGUCAUUUUCCAUCAGCUCCUUGACCUUGAUAGGAAUGUUGGCAGCGAUCACCUACACAGCUUAUGGGAUGUCUGCCCUUCCUUUAAACUUGAUUAAAGGUACGAGAAAUGUACAUUAUGAACGUUUGGAAAACACUGAUGAUAUUGAAGAGGUGAAUCUGGAAAUUGAAAGACUUAGAUCAAAGUGCAGAGAUGGAAGACCACUGGCAAGUAGUGACAGAAAAAAACUUUAUAAACUUCAAGAAAAAAUUCGAACCUUGCAACGGAAAGAAAGACAUCUUGAAUCUCGUGAAAUGAGUUGCUGGACAAAAUGUUGCAGCAUCAUGCGCCCGUUUAAGAUUAUUUGGGGCAUAUUCCUCAUCCUUGUGGCCCUUUUGAUCAUGGUAUCGCUUUUUCUAUCUAAUCUUGACAAAGCUCUCCAUUCUGCUGGCAUCAAUACUGGAUUUGUUCUCUUUGGUACAAACAUAACAAACCCAUUGAAUAUUCUUCUUCCAGUUCUUCAGCGGGUUUUCCCUCUUGAUUAUAUCCUGAUUACAGUUAUCAUAAUGUAUUUUUUCUUUACAUCAAUGGCCGGCAUCAGAAAUAUGGGUAUAUGGUUCUUCUGGGUACGGUUGUACAAGAUUAGAAGGGAACGGACGAGACCUCAAGCUCUUCUCUUUCUCUGCAUGAUUCUCUUGUUAAUCGUCCUUCACACUAGCUACAUGAUUUACAGCCUGGCACCACAAUAUGUCAUGUAUGGAAGCCAAAGAUAUCUGGUGAAGGGUUAUAAUACAGAAAACUCGUCUAGCUCUGCGUCCAUAAACUGUGAUGCUAAUGCCCCUGAUAAUCAGUGUACAGUUACCCGAACAUACUUGUUUCUGCAUAAGUUUUGGUUUUUCAGCACUGUGUAUUAUUUUGGCAACUGGAUGUUCAUAGUUGUUUUUAUUAUUGGAUUCGUUGUCUCCUGCUUCAAAGGAAAGAAAUCUGUUAUUGAAGGAGAAGUAGAAGAUGACGAUUCUGAUCUAAGUGACAAUGAAGACCUGUCUCCUGUAUACCCCUAAAGAGCUGUAUUUCCAUGAUCUGUUUAAAAGACUUUUUAUUGUAAGCUGAAAAUAUAAAAUUCAAAUCAAGAUUUAUUUUAAUUUAUGGCUGAAGAUUAACUGGCAUGUAAAAAGAAUGACUUGGACCGAAACAUGGACAUAAAGUGUUACUAAUUUACUUGUUUCAGGUACUUAAUAUAUACAUUUAAAACUGAAGAUUUAUGUAACCCUAAAAUAUUCUGAGCUAUGCACUAAAAGAAACUGACACCAAUAGAAACCCUGGCUUUGUACUCUCUACAGAGUUGCACAUAUAUCCAUUACUUGCUUGACUGUUCUCAGAACUUCCAUAGAAGUGUAUGGCGCACAACAGCUGGAGAACCGGAGGUUGCUGACACCUGAUGUACAUUCACACGACCAUAUUUUUGGUCUGCGUCCAAUCUGCAUUUUUUGUGGAUCGCACGGAGACCCAUCCUUUUCUAUGGGGCAGUCAGUUUUAUUCUUAUACGUUUUGCAGAUAAUCUUAGGCAUUUAUUUAAUAGGGCCUGCAUCUGUAUUGUGAAUCAGCGGUUUGCUGACUGCAAAACAGAUACUGCCAUGUGAAUGUAGCCUUAUAGUAAAUGAUUAGUGGUUAUGGUCGUUUUGUUUUGUUUUGUUUUGUUCUUUGACAUUUUUCUUUAUUUCUUGCAGAUACUUUAAUUUAUAAAAUAAAUUGACAUUUGCAAAAUUUUAUAUAUGACUAAUAAAACAUUAAUAUGUCUUGAA